GCGACAGUGCAAGUAUCUAAGAUACACAUGAAAUACAAAUAUUCAAACAAAUUCCAUUCACCUUGUGCAGUCCCUUGUGAUAUGAAUGCAGCCACUAGCACAAAGAUUAGCAUACUAGCCAUUGUAGAACAUGCAUCUAACUUGCAACUAAAUCGCUAAAUAUUGCUUAACAACAGAUAUCACCCCCCCCACCCCCCAAUCAACAGAGACUGAUUAAUUAACAUAAUUAAUGUGUUAGCAACUUAUAGUUUACACAGCCACUUAUUAUCAACAAUGACCUAACAGUGAAACCUGAUAACAGGAAGUUCCGUAUAGCUAUACAAAUACAAUUAAAAUUGCUGAUGAUAGUGUGAUGGUAGCACUCGGUCUAAUGGUUUCUUCAAAAAUUGGAGUCCAUUGCGACUGAGUACAAGUCCUGGCAUGUCCACUUAUUUGCUUGUUAUAAUUCAUCCUGGCAUACUUCAAAAAGAGUAACGCUAUAAAUCCAUAGGUAAACAUGUAAUUCCAACAAUACAUUUGAUAGAUUCCACUAGUUGACCAUAAAAAAUAGUAUUUUCAGAGUGAUAUACAGUUUUCAUUCGUGUUGCUAUUCAUUAAUUAGUAUAGACUUGUUAUGCUUGUUGCAAUUUCAUAUAGCCAUAAUUAUGUUAUAAUGAAAACAGUCCUUGAAUUAUAUCGUGUUGGACUGACAGUUAUUUUUGAGCAUGUUACAGUUUCAGUACAUGUAUUUAUUUGAGGAUAUAAAUGUGUGCAGCCUUAUAAUUAUUAUUGAGCAUAUUGAGCAGUGUCGAGUCACGGUGAAUAUUUGUACAUUCACAGGCUCGACUAACCAUCAUGCCAGCGCCAUUACAGUGGCAUUGGGAGCAGUUAUUGGUGUUCUAGUGAUCCUACAAAUAAUCACUCUGAUUGGCUGUGGUGUUGUUGCUAUAGGAGGAGAAACACUAACGGCAGCUAAUGUGCAAAUCAGUUAUUGCCCACCUAUAUUUUAGUAUGCUAACUAUAAUAAUGCAUGCAGUUCCACAGGUAUAUAGAGGAAUGUUAUUGCAUACGUUCUUCGAGGCAUGAUAGAACACUGUCUAGUAUACUGUCCAGCUAGAAUAAGAAACCUUGUGUCUACAAGUCAUUCACUUUCAUUCACCGCCUACUCAGUUCAGAGAACUGUUGUGUUUGUGGGUGAACUAUGACAACAAAAGACGGACAAAUGCAACACAUGAAAGUAAUUAUUUACUACUAAAUUAACAACUUGCAGCAUUAGCUUGUGCACAGUACUUAAAAAUUACUGCUUAAUUUCACAAAAGUAUAAUUAUAGCUUGAAUUAGUCAUGGUGAAUAUUAUCUCAGCACUACUAGGUGUAGUCACUAUUGCUUUAGUUGGACAACUCUCUGCAAUAGCACAAAGUGAGUACAUGCAUGCACUAUAAUAGAGACUGAUAUACAGAAACAUGGCAUUCAGGCUGUAAUAGUGGACAUGUUUAACUGUCACUUAACACAACGGACAAUAAAAGCUACGUUCAGUACUGCAUCGAUAGUAUUUGGAGGACUCUGUGUACUAGAUCGUGGUCGCGUGUUGAAGCAAAUGUUGUAUGCAGACAGCUAGGCUACAGUAACCAAGGAGCCAUAAAAGGGGUGACUGACUUUGGUGACAUUCAUAUGGGAAAGUUCUUCAGGUUCAGUCAAUCUUGUGCUGGUGGGGAGAAUACAUUAGCAGAGUGUAAGCCAACAAACACAUUGGAAAACUGUCGCACGAGUGAAAACAACAGACAAGGAUGGGUAAAAUGCAUUCCAGCCAACUGCACUGAUGGAUCUCUUCGACUGGUGGGUAGAUCCAACAUAAGACAAGGACGAGUGGAGGUGUGUCAGAACAAGCGAUGGGGUACAAUGUGCUACAACCAAGCACUAGCUGGACAUGUUUGCUCUCAGCUAGGAUUUCCAAGCCAAGCAGCGAAGGAAAUGAGUUCAACUGGCCCACAAAUUAACUGUAACAUCGACACCAACAAUAGGUUGAGCUGUAGGAACAUCACUGACAGUGGGUUAUGUGCUCGAGGUUUAGCUGUUGAGUGUCCAUCGUUCAGUGAGACAAUAGCUACCAGUGCACUAGGAGCAGUGAUUGGACUUCUUGUACUACUAGAAGUAGGGACAGUCAUUGCGUGGGUGGCUUGUACUGUCACAAGGAAAAGGCUCUCAAGUCCACCAAAACAAAGAGUUUUAUUACAAGUGAAUGAGAGCUACACUGACACAGCUCCUAUGGAACCGAGCUACAGUUCACUAGGUCCUAACUACAAUACUGUGACCACAAGCGAUGAAGGAAUUGAUGACUAUGAUGUCUUUGAUCACAACAGGCCCAAACCAAAACCAGCCAACCCACCAUCAGUGAAGGUUGAAGCCAGUAAGAGUGAUGACGAGUUCUACAAUGCAGAGGAGCAUAUGUACGCAGCUAUUGAUAAGUAAAGGAGAAAAAUAAUAAUGUUGGAGGAGAAUAAACCUUGCAACAACAGUUAUGCUAUUAGCUAUAGUGUGUAGAGACACAGUCAUCAUACAGACAACUUAGAUAAGUAGCUAUAAUUAUGGUUAAUACAUAAACCCUUGUAUGCAUCAUAACACUGAUUGUACAACAGUAAUCACAAUGCAC